AUGCAAGAAAGCACAGAUGAACAGCUACCUUCUGCCUCUCAGUUACGACGAGGCAUCUCCACGGAAAGUCUCGACAGUUCCGCUUCAUCGAUUAUGGAGGUGAAUCGUGAAGUGCCUACAGCGAAUCUCACAUUGAAAUAUGACGAAGCCACCCAAAUGCUUUCCGUACAACUUCAUCAUCUUUCGGACGUAUACAACGAUUAUGGGCAAAUUUGGAUGCUUUUCUUCCUUCUCCCUCAUCCUAAACCUCUUUGGCGUACCGAGGCUAGGAGUACACCAUCUUCAUUCAUCGACUACAACACCAUCUAUCAACAAUGCGUUCGCAAAGCUGACCUUAACAAAGAUUUGUCGUUGGGCAGUGGACGAGAUACUCCAGUAGAACUGGCUUUACUGGCAAACAAAUCGAAGAGCCCAAGUGACGAGUCAACGGAAAAUGUGAAAUUGGGCGAAAUUCUCUUCCUUGCCUCAUUCGCCCACGAUCGAUUGACGAAGUGCCAUUUACGUCUGAGUAUUGUAUGCGGUACCGAUGAAUAUUGCAAGAGCAUCGGUCACGUAACACUUGGGCCGAAAACGAGCGGAAAGGAACUCGGUCACUGGAAACGAGCUCUCAGUGGUGAAGGUCCGCCACUGGCGACUUGGCAUGCUGUUCGACCUCGGAGUAAAGUUUAA